AUGCCAUGCUCAAGCCCUCGCCGGCAUCGUGCUCUCCCACAUCGACUGCAUCAUACUCACACCGCCCGCUCAUCCCGCCAGGCCAUCGCAACCAUCGUCUUUGCCGCCUCGACCGGUCCCGUCCCGGCCAGCAUCCGCCCCAAGCUGAGCAGCCCCAUCCAGCCCUUUGCCCUCGGCUGUGCCGUCCUCAAGGCUCUCCAGCUCCACAACACCCUGCUCAGCAACAGCGGCGAUGCCGUCGCCUCGAUCGUGCUUGCUGUUGUCCUGAGCACCAUCCUGUUUGUGGCCAACUUUGCUCUGCGUCUGAGUCUGCGCGAGCAGGUCGAAUCGCUGCACAUUGUGAAGCUCAAGGGCCCCAAGAACACCGAGAUGCUCCCUGCCCCCGAGCCCGAGUCCACCUGGUUCGAGAACCUGUUCUUUGUCUGGAUGGACGGCCCUCUCAGCCGCGGCUACAAGACCCCCCUGACCAAGAAUGACCUCUUUGACCUGCUCGAGAGCGACAAGUCGGCCGAAGCCUGCCGUGUCUACCGCGAGCAGUACAAGCACCAGUACAAAGGCCUCAACAUGCGUCUCUUCAUGAUGGAGCUUCAUCCCCUCAUCAUCCAGAUCUUGCUUGGCUUUGCGGUUUCCUUUCUUACCUUCGCUGCUCCACUCUGCCUCUACCAAAUCAUGAGCUACAUCCAGAACCCGAACGGCCGCCCCGUUACCGUUGGUUUCUUCUGGGUGUUCAUGUCGUUGGUCUUUGGACUCAUGUCCACAAUUGUGGACGGACAGAUGUUCAACAUGACCAACAAUGCCAGCUACCGCAUGCGUGCUGUCCUGAUCAACGAAAUCUUCCAGAAAUCUCUCCGCCGCGUCUCUGCCAAGGGCAAAUCCAAGAAGGACGAGGACCAGUCGACGGGCAAGCUCGUCUCGCUCAUGUCCAUGGACACCGAGAAGCUGGCCAUGGCAAGCUCAUCUUCAAUUCUGGUCACCUCAACUUUGAUCGAGAUCGUUAUUGCCGUCGUCGCUUUGUUCAGCUUCCUGGGUUGGUCGGCUUCGAUCGGUCUCUCGAUCAUGGUCGUCAGCAUUCCCCUCACCAGCAUCAUCACCACGAGACUCAACAAUGCUUACAAAGCACUCAUGGAGAAGGCCGACAAACGCAACACUCGGACCCUCGAGGCUCUGCAGGCCAUCCGCAUCAUCAAGUUCUUUGCCUGGGAGCCGCAGUUCCUCAAGCGCAUCGACGAAGCCCGCAACGCUGAGCUCAACAAUCUGAUCUCUUACUUCAUGACCUUGGGCCUCAGUGUCAUGCUCUGGUCGUUUGUGCCCGUGAUUGUUGCGGUUGUUACCUUCCUGAGCUACACCCUGAUCGCUGGCCACGACAUGGAUGCCACCACGGCAUUCACUUGCCUCAGUCUGUUCAACGCUCUCAAGUUCCCUCUGACAGUUUUCCCCGACACACUUUCGGAGUUCUUCCAAAUCUAUGUCUCAUCAGACCGUAUCGAAAAGUUCCUGAACGAGCCCGAGCUCCAAAAGUUCUCCGACGACCUGCCCGUUUCUCACCCCACCGGCAACACCGAGCCCUGGACCGACCCUGUUGCCGUCGAGUUUGUCGAUGCCUGGUUCGAGUGGCACCAGGCCACUGCCGCUCCCGACAGCAAGUCGCCCCAGCUCCCCUGGCACAAGAGACUCGCCAACCUGUUCAAGAAGCAGUCGCAGCAGACCUCCGAGACCACGCCGCUCCUCGGCUCGGAGCAGCCGGCUUCUGGUGCGGACGACUCGUCCGAGCCCAAGUUUACCCUGCGCGGCCUCAAGAUCAGCUUCCCUCUCGGCAAGCUCAGCACCAUCUGCGGCUCCACCGGCUCCGGCAAGUCCUCGAUCAUCCAUGCCCUCCUCGGCGAAAUGAAGUCGCUCCAGGGCAGCGCCAACCUGACCCGUCUCACUCGCAGCCACCGCUCCAAGGGCGGCAUCGCCUUUGUCGCCCAGACCGCCUGGCUCGCCAACGCCACGAUCCGGGACAACAUCCUGUUCGGCGAGCCCUACGACCAGCUCCGAUACGCCCGCGUGAUCGAAGCCUGCGCCCUGUCCAAAGACCUUGCCUCCUUCGAGUCCGGCGACCUGACCGAGAUCGGCGAGAAGGGCAUCAACCUGUCCGGCGGCCAGAAGCAGCGAGUCUCGCUCGCCCGCGCCGCGUACUCCCGGGCCCACUACAUCCUGCUGGACGAUCCGCUCUCAGCCGUCGAUGCGCCCACAGCCAAGCAUCUCUUUGACAAGUGCAUCACGGGCCUGCUCAAGGACCGCACCCGCAUCCUCGUCACCCACGCCACCAGUCUGGCCCUUCCCGCCACCGACUACCUCGUCGUCAUCAACCAGGGCCAGAUCCUCGACCAUGGCUCGGUCGCCGAGGUCUCCCAGAACCGCGAGGUCGAGACCAUCAUCGCCAAGGAGAACCUCGAGGCAGUCUCGCUCCAGCCCGAGUCCGACCCCGAUGCUGGUGAGCUCGACGUCGACCUCACCGACGAGGAGCUCCUGAGCCGCAACUACUCCAACGGCAAGACGCCCGAAGACGCCAAGAAGCUCAUCGAUGCCGAGGCUUCCAGAACCGGCGCAGUCCAGGGCAGCGUCUACUACUUCUAUCUGACUGCGGCAGGCGGCUUUGGUGUCAUCGUCGCCUACCUCGGUAUAAUUCUUGUGCAGCGAUCGGCCCAAGUGCUGGCCGACUACUGGCUCAAGGUCUGGGCCGAUGCCUACAACCAUGCCAACGAGCUCAACACGAUGUUUGCCGUGACGCUCUCGGCCCCGCUGUCCCUCAGCUUCCUCAACCCAGUCUCAGGCAACGACAGCAACACCCUUGUCGAUGGAUCGUCCGGCCAGUCCGUCAAUGUUGCCUACUAUGUCCUCAUGUACGGCCUCAUCAAUUCGUGCGUCCUCUUUCUCAUCAUCACCAACUUUGCCUAUCGCAGCUGGGUUGGCUACAGGGCUGCCAAGAAGCUGCACGACCAGCUCAUCACCCGCAUCAUGUAUGCGCCGGUGCGCUGGUUCGAUGUCACCCCGCUCGGCCGCAUCACCAACCGCCUCUCCAAGGACAUUGGAACCAUCGACCGUAACCUGAUCAACACAUGCGCAACGUUUUUCCUUAUCCUGGCGAGCGCCACCACCACCCUCAUCGUCAUCGGCACCGUGACACCGAUCUUCCUCGCCGUGAUUCCCUUUGUUGCCUACAUCUACUACAGGAUUGCAAUCUACUACCUGGCUUCAAGUCGCGAGCUCAAGCGUAUCCACAGUAUUAGUCGCAGCCCCAUCUACAGCACCUUCAGCGAGUGUCUCGUUGGCGUGUCGACCAUCCGCGCCUAUGGACACGAGGCCCGAUUCAUCGAGGACAACAUGAUCAAGGUCGACACCAGCAACCGAGCCCAUCGCAUGCUCGCCCUUUCGAAUCGCUGGCUGUCCACUCGACUGUCGAUAAUCACCUCGCUGAUCACCUUCUCUGCCGGCAUCGCCAUCAUCUGGUCCAAGGACCUGAUCGGUGUGGGCCUUGCCGGUCUCAGCUUGACCUGGGCAGCCACCAUUGCAGAUAACUUGCUCUGGAUUGUUCGUGUCCACUCACAGAUGGAGCUGAACAUGAACUCGGUCGAGCGUGUGCACGAAUACCUCGAGAUUGACCAGGAAGCCCCCGCCGUCAUCGAGACAUCGCGUCCUCCUCCCGGCUGGCCUGCCAAGGGCCACGUCCAGUUCAACGACGUUGUCGUCCGCUAUGCCCCCGACCUGGAUCCCGUCCUCCGCGGGGUCGGCGUCGUGGGACGGACCGGCGCGGGCAAGUCCACGCUCACCCUGGCGCUGUUCCGCAUCAUGGAGCUCUCCGGCGGCAGCAUUGUCAUUGACGGCGUCGACAUCUCCAAGAUUGGGCUGCGCGACCUCCGCCAGAAGCUCACGAUCAUCCCGCAGGAUCCCGUUCUGUUCACGGGCGACAUCCGCAGCAACCUCGAUCCCUUUGGCGAGCACUCGGACGACCGACUCUGGUCGAUCCUGGAGCGCGUGCGGCUCCUGAACACUCUGCAGGCCAAGCUGGACGGCAGUUCGUCGAGCGACAACCUGCCCGCGCAGACAUCCGAGAUCCAAGGCCAGACCCAAGUCCAGGGCCAGAACACCCGUGCCGCCGCCGAGGCGUCCGGGUUCUCCCUCGACACCUCUGUCUCCGAGGGCGGGUCCAACUUUAGCCAGGGCCAGCGCCAGCUGCUGUGCCUGGCCCGAGCGCUGCUCAAGGAGUCGGCCAUCACCGUGCUGGACGAAGCCACGGCCUCGGUCGACAACGAGACCGACGCCUUCAUCCAGGAGACGAUCCGCGGAUCCGAGUUUGCCAACUCGACGGUGGUGUGCAUCGCCCACCGCCUCCGCACGAUUGCCGACUACGACUCGGUGCUGGUCCUCAGCCACGGAGAGGUGGCCGAGUUUGGCACGCCCUUUGAGCUGAUGCAGCGCGAGGACGGAGUCUUCCGCAAGAUGUGCCAGGACUCGGGCGAGUUUGAAGAGCUCGAGAAGAUGGCCCGAGCCAGGGAUCAAGCCAAGAAGGCCCUCUGAGCCCGCCCUCAUCCCGGCCAGUGUGCUGGUCAACAACAAUCCGAGCGGGUGCCCAGCUGCUGUGAUUUGCGAUUUCUGUUUUGUUAUUGUGUUGGGAUACCGGACUGGUUGGAGCACUGUGCCUAUUGGACACCGAUGUGCUUGUGUGGUUGACUGCUUGUGAGUGAUUGGAUGUUUCAGUGUGCCGUUCUGGUGGAAUGGGGUGGUUUUUGGUAGAUUCGAUCGCUCGACUGAGAGCUCUGUCAAAUGAGAGUCUUUGUGACAUCUAUGAUAUUUCUUAUGUUCAUUCAAAUCAGCAUGCCCCAUGAAUGAUAAUAAACAACCGACUUGGCGACGACAUCCCAGAUUGUU